GCUGAUUUAUGGCUUUGGUGAACACAAAAAAUAACAGUAAAAAAAAAACUUAUAAAAAAUUCUAAAUGAGCCACUAUUCCAAAACAAUUACCAUAUUUUAAUUUGAAUAUAGAAUUGGUCUUUAGUUUAGCUUUUAAAAUAAAAAUAAUAACAUCAAAUUGCUUUUUUUUACUCUAGAGAGAUAUUUUUUAUAACUGGGGUAUAAAUUUUUGAAAGAUUGUUUAUUAUCGGUUAGGCUUAAGAAGAAGUUAGGCGCGCAGUAAUUUUUAUGGCUAGUCUUGGAGCUGCAUCUCUCACUGGUCACGAAGUUUGCUCUCAAAUAAAAGUUGAAUCUGAUAUUCAAGCUCCAGAUGCCACUCCACAAUUUAUAAAACCAGUAUCAAUAUCUGCUACCAGAAAUUUAUCUGAAGGAACAACAAUAGCUGCUUUAGUAUCAAAUCUUUCUACUUUAGUAGGAAAUUCUUCUUCAAGUAGAGGUGCUGUAACAAGCUUUAUUACAUCCCGGCCUUCAAUUAACAUUUCUUCUGCAUCAAAUGUUGCGCAUAUUACCAAACCACUAGUGGUUACUAAACCUUUGGUAGUUUCACAAAAUUCACAACCAAUGUUACUACCAAAGCCAAGUAUUCAACAAAAACAGAAUGUUCAAAGUACACCUCCAAAGUUUGCAUUUCCUCCAAAUCCAUCAGUUUUGUCUCCACAUCCUGUGAUUCCAAGCUAUUCAUGGCCAGGAUCGUCGCCUUCUCAAAAUAAAAAAAGACCAAAUGAUGAAGUAGAUGACCAAUUUGAAAGUAAGCGACGUCGUAUACCAAAUCGUUGUGGAGUGGAAAAAGGUGGUAAAGGUCUACGACAUUUUUCAAUGAAAGUAUGUGAAAAGGUGCAGAAGAAAGGAAUUACAUCUUAUAAUGAAGUUGCAGAUGAAUUAGUUCAAGAGUUUAGCGAACAAUCGUCACGUAAUCUUCUCUCAAACAUUGAUCAGACGUAUGAUCAGAAGAAUAUUCGUCGAAGAGUUUAUGAUGCGCUCAAUGUGUUAAUGGCCAUGAACAUUAUUUCUAAAGAAAAGAAAGAAAUUAAAUGGGUUGGUUUGCCUACCAAUUCUGCUCAAGAGUGUAAACAUUUAGAGGACCAAAAACGUGAGCGUAUUGAAAGAAUCAAACAGAAACAGCAACAGUUAAAAGAAUUGAUAGUUCAGCAAAUAGCUUUUAAAAAUCUUGUUGAACGAAAUAAACGUUUAGAAAAGUUAAAUGGUCCACCACAACCUAAUGCAUGCAUUCAUUUGCCGUUUAUAAUUGUAAAUACAAGCAAGAAAACCACUAUAGACUGCAGUAUCUCUAGUGACAAAUCUGAGUAUUUAUUCAAUUUUAAUGAAGCCUUCGAAAUUCGUGAUGAUAUAGAAGUAUUAAAACGAAUGGGGCUCUCAUUUGGUUUAGAUAAAGGGGAAUGUAGUGAGAAGAAUUUAAACACAGCUAAAAGUAUGGUUCCAAAAGCUAUAGCACCUUAUGUUAAUCAAAUGGCAAAUGGAAGUUAUGGUAACAUAGCUCUUAUUGAUAGUUUCCGAACGGGACUUAAAUCCCCUUUUGCAACACCUGUAACGAACAGUAAGGAAUCUCCUGGUCCAUCAACUCGAAAAUCGUCACGUAAAAGUACUACAUCUACAGCUUCAGUCAAUAAAAAAACUAUUAUAAAAACAGAAUACGCAUCUUCUCCAUCUGCUACGUCAGAAUAUGAUAGUGAUAAUGACGGGGAUGAUGAACAUAGUACGCUGAUGGAGUAAUUAGGUUUUUUAAAAUUUAUUUUAAAGCUUUUAACUCCCUGGAGUUUUUGCGCACCGUUCUUGCUUCAAUAAGCUUGUGGCUAGUGUUUUCUAUUGUGGAUAGUGUUCUCUAUUGUAGUAGCAUUCGUCCCGAGUAUGUCAGCCUAAACGCAAGAAACACUGUAGGAUGGCAUCAGCUACGAUCUCGAUAAACAAUCUUUAAUAAGAUUCUUACCCUUGAAUAGUUUUUACCGUUUUCGUAUUUUGAUUAUUAGAACUCUACCAUAUUACUUAUUUCGAACUACAUUAUAUUAAUACGUAUCAGCUACCCGAUAAAGAUGAAGCACUAAUGUUAAGAAGUUUUAUAGGUUUUUGUUCAGGGUUUAUUGUUAUUUAUACAUUAUACACAAAUAUAUAGCAGUGUUAUAAA